UGGAUCUAUACGUCUAUAAAUCCAUUCCCCCAUACACCUUCACGGCCUUGUGCACAAUUAGUUAAACACAGGGAUAGUUUAUUGAUCUCUGUGGCAUAAUCUGUGCCUGGUAGUGGUGUUGUCGGAUUAUUUGGUGCGAAUGUAUUGUUAUUAUUGCACUGUGGUGUAAUGUAAUGGACUGUUUUUGGUGUGAAGUGUUGUUUAAAGAAAUAUUUCAUAUGCGCAGCGACAAAGUUUCAAAAUGGGAAAGAAAAAUAAAUCCACAGCUAACCUCGGUAGAUCCUUAAUCAAAGAUCGGUUUGGAUCAGCGGGUAGAACGAGGAGAAAUAAGGACCCAUCAUUGCUUCAUACAGCAGAUGUAGAUGAUGGUUACGAAUGGGGACGUCUUAACCUUCAGUCGGUGACAGAAGAGAGUUCGUUUCAGGCAUUCCUGUCCACGGCUGAAUUAGCUGGAACAGAAUUUCAGGCCGAGAAACUGAACAUCACAUUUGUGAACCCAAUGAGUGGAGUUGGUUUGCUGUCAGGCGAGGAUAAAGAGAAAGUGAAGGGAGCACAAGACAAGAACAAACAGUUGCUAGGGAUACCCAGAAGGCCAAAAUGGGACAUUAACACCACUGCUGAACAGUUGCAAGCAGCUGAACGGGAUGAGUUUCUAGAAUGGCGGCGACGUCUAGCCAAACUGCAAGAAGUGGAGGGUAUUCUUCUGACACCAUAUGAGAAGAACCUUGAGUUCUGGAGACAGCUAUGGAGGGUUGUUGAGAGAAGUGACGUGGUGGUGCAGAUAGUGGAUGCCAGGAACCCCCUGCUGUUUCGCUGUGAGGACCUGGAGACGUACGUGAAAGAAGUGAGUCCUGAUAAAUUGAACCUGAUCCUGAUCAACAAGGCUGACUUCUUGACGCAGUCGCAACGCCGAGCAUGGGCAGAGUACUUCUCAGGGCUCAAUGUGAAAGCUGCCUUUUUCUCUGCCACAUUAGCAGCAGAGACAGGCAAGAGUGAGGGUGAUGAUGAAACAGAUGAUGGUGUGUCGCCACACCAGGAUGUGGCUGAAUAUCCAGAGAGUGAAGAGGAAGGAAAGUUGGAAGAGCAGUCUCAGUUCACUGAUACUGAUGUGACUGAAAGUUGUACCGAGAUGUCUGCUGAUUCUGAAACAGUUGCUGUUACGAGCACAGGGGAGUUUACAAACUCUGACAUACUUCUAACUCGAGAAGAAUUGGUGACAGUCUUCAAGUCUUUUCACAAAGGUCCUAAGGUGACAGCUGGUGUCACCACUAUUGGGAUGGUUGGUUACCCCAAUGUUGGCAAGAGUUCCACCAUUAAUGCACUCCUCACUUACAAGAAAGUCUCUGUGUCGUCCACCCCAGGGAAGACAAAACAUUUUCAGACGCUGUUCCUGGAACCUAACCUCAUGUUGUGCGACUGCCCCGGCCUUGUAAUGCCGAGCUUCAUGUUCACGAAAGCAGAGAUGGUUGUGAAUGGGAUACUUCCGAUUGAUCAGAUGCGGGACCAUGUUCCACCUGUGACGUUGAUCGCUAGUCUUAUACCUCGUCAUGUACUCGAGCAUACCUAUGGGAUAAUGCUGCCUCCACCAGCAGAAGGAGAAGACCCCACUCGACCUCCAACGGCAGAGGAGCUAUUAAAUGCUUAUGGAUACAACCGUGGGUUCAUGACACAGAAUGGACAACCAGACAAUCCUCGGGCAGCCCGUUACAUUCUGAAGGACUUUGUGAAGGGCAAGUUGCUUUACUGCCAUGCCCCAUCCACUAAUGACCAGUCACAAUAUCACACAUUCCCAGAGAGGCAAAAGCAAUCGAAGGCAGCCAUUUUGCCUCCUUUGGCUGUUCGUCUGCUUAAGUCAAACAAAUUGUCCACAGAGGAUCUGGACAGACAGUUCUUCCAGAAGAUGUCAGUUGGAGUGCACAAGAAGGGAACCCAGAGCAGCUCGGACAACAGUGAUGCCAGUGAAAACACAAAACCAUGGAAAGAUCACAGAAACAAGAGGAACAAGCGUGAGAAGCUGCGCAGGGUGUACGCUUACUUGGACCAGUGACACGAAGCCUGGCAAGGUGCACAGACAUGCAUCUCUUUCAGAGAAACUACUGGCUUCUUGUAAAUAAGACACCUCAAAAUAAAAUGUGUAGUCACUGAUAAGUUGGAUAAUGAAAUGUUGCCAGAUAAUAAAAUCUUGUUACUUUGUGCCA